AAAAUUUCGUUAUAUAACGACUGUGCUCAAAAAAAAUCUCAUUUUAUGUAAUAAGAAUAAUGCAUAUUAAUUAUUACGUACCGCUAUCGCAUUGUUUUACGUUAAUUGCAGCAGCGCAAGCAACAAAGGACAAAACAACGAUGAUUUUCAUUUCGACAAUAAAAUCAACCACACACCGAAUUCAAGUAUUUAUAGUUAUUGGAUUUUUUUUACCACUCAACGCACGUUAAUUAAUCCGGCAAUACAACGUUUGUAAACGUAUACUACCUGGACUAUUCGGUGCUGUGUCGACCGGAUUACUUCGGAACUCUCACUCGAAGAAUUCGUUUAAAUAAAAGGAAACUCGUCUCCCUUUCCCCCUUCUUCAACACCAAUGUUUCAACGGUUUUCGAUCCAUCACAUGCAAAUCAGUUAUCCUUCACGUACACUUCUCAGGUGUUUUUUUUUAUGUAUUCCGCGUAAGUUCCUGUGAUGUGCAUUUGAGAAAAUUAAUUUUCAAGUUCGUUCGUUUGUGUUAAUGCAACAAUGAAGAGCGGAAAUGUUGAGGUAGUUUCUCGUAACCUAAGGUGGUCUCUAGCCAAGAUGGAAUUUGGAAAUUCUUCUCUUCCGUGUAAUAUGAACCUGGUAGAAGACAGAUUCCUAAUUCUGCUGCUCUACCUGCAUAAUGAGGAUAAGCUGCUGGUAUGUGACAGACGACCAUCGUAGAAUCUUCCCUUCCGGAGUGUUUUGCAGUGAGAAAGGAGCCCAAUAUCCUGCAGCAAUGUCGCUGGUAGUGUUCGGACUCGUUUCUUUCGUAAUGAUUGUUAUUUUUAAGCCGGGAAAUCGUUCCUGCAAUCGCAUUGCAGUAGUCAUUCCGAUGAUACCGCAUCCUAAGACAGCUAUUUGGUGCAUCGUGCAUAUAUUAAAACAAAAUUACAACUAAUUUGUGUUAUUAUCGUUUAUAUUAAUUGCUCUAAUGUUAUCAAUCAUAAAUAAACACAAUAAUAUUGAUAACCAUUAGGUGACCUAGCCAUGAUAAUUAUUUAUUUAUAACGAAUUAUAUUUGUUUUAUACAAUAUGGGCUGUAUUCAGUGCUAACCAUAACGUAUAAUUGUUAAGAUAAAGAGAUUCUGAGACGAUGGAUUAGCGUUAAAAAGAAGUGCUGAAUACGGUCCUGUAUGUUUUAUUACGUAUUAAUCAAAGUUACCCGACCUUCAAACUUCAAACAACCCUUCAGAACAAAAUUCAAAAUUCUCAGUGAAAAGCAUCAUUACUCAAAUACCACAAAAAAAAACUAUAUUAAAAAAAACUAACAAUACAAAAAAAAUCACCAAAACGAAGUAAAUAAAAAGCUCAUUCGAAAUGGAUUUGGUCAAAAUAGGUUGUCAACCGGACGAGUACGUUCAAUACAAAGAUCCGGAGGAUUACGUGAAGAUGGAGCUGCACACGUUCCCGUUGCACUAUCCGCCGCCGCCGGACGUGAACUACGGCAUACCGGAGAAGUGGCUGAAGAUCAUGGCCAAGUACAAGUUCAGCUGGAGGAUCAUCGAGCUGGCGAAGGCGUUCGCGCGCAAGUCGCGCAAGAAGUACGGCUGGAAGCCGCCCCCGCCGCCGGAGCCGAAGCGCCCCCGCAGGAAGAAGGAGGACCCGGAGAUAGUGUUUUACUCCGAUCAGAUGUCCAGGGCGCCCAUACGCACGAUGGAGAUCAACAAGAAGAUGUACGCUAAAGUGUUGGAUUUGAAGCACAGGCAGAAGUUGAGGAGGAACAUAAGAUCCGCUUGGGAAUCGAUAUACAAUUACUACAAUAAAAAAGAACGAGAUAAAUAUUUAAGAAUGUUGAGAAUGCAGAAAAGGGUGAAGAAGCCGCCGUUUGUAUUCGACAGAACUGAUAAUUUGGCUAAACCUAAAGAACUCAUAGUACCGCCCAAAGUAAAGCCGAAAACCAAGCCGCUUACGUUCAAAGAUUGCCGGGAUUGCAGAAUUCGCAACGAGUUCAGAUCGAUGCCGAAAGAAAGGAAAACCCCGCCUGUCAACAAAUUAGGGAUCGUGAAGAGGGCCGCCUUGAAAUACAUAAUAUCAGACAGAACGAUGGCUUUGACCAAGCAAUUUAAGAGAUUCAAGGAGAUAUUACCGCCGCUACCAUUGGGAAAAGUGCAAAGAUCCGCGUUGCUCUACAACAUUUCUGUGAGAACCGAAGCCUUGGCUGUGCCUAGGAAACGAAUGGAAGGUGUUGGUUUGGACGACGAGGAUUGGAAUCCUUUCGCCGUAUCGAAGUGGGCGUUGAGAUAUCGACCGACCAAAAGGAUAAUGGAAUUGUCCAAGCCGCGCGUAUACGAGCCUUGAGUCCUGUUCUGUAAUCUGGUGCACGCCUAAAUUAGAGUAGCGUGCACUUAAAUCUCAAGGAAUACUUAAACGUCAAGGAGUCACCGGUCGGGUGGAAUGCAAUUGGAACUUGGAAAGAUUUCUCCAAUUUACUCGAGCUACAGUUGUAGCUUUUAGUUUUAAAAAACUUGUAACGUAAUGUAAGGUAACAAAGUAAACUACGUAAC